CUGAGCUAACAGCACAGAGAAAGGGAGAAGCACCGAGGGGAAAACAGGCUUUCUUAGAGAAGUAAAAACACAGAGUGAAAAAUCGCUGAAGGGAUCAUGUUCAAGCUGCAGAAAACCCUCAGAGCAAUCCAGACUGCCAGAAGAAUCCACAACUCUGCUGUGGAAGUGGUGUUGAGAAGGCCAGCUCCUGAGGAGACAGUCACUGCAAGUUUUGGGAAGUUUGUCAGUGGGGUCAAGUCUGAGCACUUGUCCUCUGUGGUUCUCCACCGCAGUAAAAGGAUGGUGCUGGACAGCAUUGGUGUUGGUCUCAUUGGUAGCACCACCGAGGUGUUUGAAAUGGUGCUACAGCACUGCAAGCACAUGUAUGGUCCUGAUCACGUCAGCUCAGUGUAUGGACGCAGAGGGGUCAAGCUCUCCCCAACGUUGGCAGCUUUUGUCAAUGGAGUGGCGACUCACUCCAUGGACUUUGAUGACACCUGGCAUCCAGCGACUCAUCCAUCAGGAGCCGUCCUUCCUGCUGUGUUAGCUCUCAGUGACAUGAUGCCAGCCAGCAGGAAACCCAGUGGUCUGGACUUCUUACUGGCGUUUAAUGUUGGCAUCGAGAUCCAGGGCCGCCUGAUGAGGUUUUCCAAUGAGGCCCAUAAUAUUCCUAAAAGGUUUCAUCCUCCCACUGUGGUUGGUCCUAUGGGAAGUGCAGCAGCCUGUGCUCGCAUCUUGUCUCUGGAUCCCUCUCAGUGCAGUCAUGCCUUGGCUAUAGCUGCUUCCCUGGCUGGAGCUCCGAUGGCUAACGCUGCCACUCAAUGCAAGCCCCUUCACAUCGGCAACGCCUCACGUCUGGGGCUUGAAGCCGCCCUUCUGGCCUCCAGAGGCCUAGAGGCCAGUCAUCUGGUCUUGGAUGCUGUUGCAGGAGUGGCUGGCUUUAAUGCUUUUUAUGAAGAUUAUGUGCCACAGCCUUUAGAUUCACCCCAUGAUGGCCAUGCAUUCCUGUUAGAGGAGCAGGACAUGGGCUUCAAGCGCUUCCCUGCCCAUCUGGGGAUGCACUGGGUGGCAGAUGCUGCAGCUUCUGUCCAUAAGCUUCUUGUGGGAGUUGGUCCUGGAAAGGUCUUCACAGAUCAAGUCCAGGACAUCUUGCUCAGAGUCCCCCUAUCUAAAUACAUCAACAGGCCUUUUCCUGAGUCAGAGCAUGAGGCUCGUCAUUCCUUCCAGUUUAACGCCUGCAGCGCUCUCCUGGAUGGUGAGGUGACCGUGCAGUCCUUCACCCCAGCUGCCAUGAGCCGCCCUGAGCUGCAUGCUCUGCUGAGCAGAGUUCGGCUAGAGCAUCCCCAUGACAACCCUGCUAACUUCAACCUGAUGUACGGAGAGGUCCAGGUCACACUUGUAGGAGGAGACAUCCUGAGAGGACGCUGCGAUACCUUCUAUGGUCACUGGCGCAACCCACUGACCAUCGAGAGCCUGAGGAAGAAGUUCAGGAGCAACGCAGAAGUGGUGCUUCCAUCAGAGAAGGUUGAGCGGCUGGUUGAGGUGGUGGACAAGCUGGACAGACUUGAAGACUGCAAGGACCUGCUCUCACAGCUACAAUAAAUUUACGUUGCAAUUAAUUUAAAUAUAUAAUAUGGAUAAAGGGCCUCUGGAAUUUUUUUUUAUUGUCUUAUGGCAGUUUCUUUUGAGUUUAGCUGUUACCAAUAAACACACAUCUGUAAAUGUUUUAUCAUCAUCAUGCUGCUUUAAAAUGUAUUUAUUCUGUUGCUCAAAUUAUUUUGUUUUAGGGUCAUCUUAAUAUAAAGGGCUUUUGUUCAGCAGUUCUUAUAAGCUGAUGUGUAAAUAAUGUGAAAUCCAUCAAAUGUAAAAUUCUUAGUUCAGAUGAGGAAUUUUGGCUUGAAGUUUAUUACAUUUAAAAAACUAUUUGUGAAUAGGAUUUUCUGUUAAACUGAGCUUGUUCAACAUCAUAAUGUAAAACUGAUGUGCUUGUCAGUGUGUGCUUAACAGCAAAAUGUACAAACAUAACAAAAAAAUAUUUCUUUACUGAAAGAGUAAACUAAGUUUUACAUGUUGCACUUUUGUAGAAUGUGGACAUGGUUUUAAAACAUGCUUAAAAGUCAAACUAUGCCAAUUAUAUGUGUUUCUUUACAUUAUACGGCUGUAUAAAAAUAUGUGUGAAAAUAUUACAAAGGAACAUUAUCUAUUGUAUAAAAAAUGAACAUCAA